UCUGUUCAUACAGCCUGGCCCGGCCGGGCAUUGAAAGGACCCAGCUGGGGGCCAAGUGCCCACACCCCGACCCCCAUCUUGUCUCCAGGUUGGCGUGAGGUACAGGGCACCAUGCUCAGUCUCAAGCUGCCGCAGCUCCUGCAAGUACACCAGCUGCCACAGGUGUUCUGGGAGGAUAGCAUCAUCGCGGGGUACCGGCACCCCACCAGCUCGGCUCUGGACUGUGUCCUCAGCUCCUUCCAAAUGACUAAUGAGACAGUCAACAUCUGGACUCACUUCCUGCCCACCUGGUACUUCCUGUGGCGUCUCCUGGUGUUAGCAGGGGGCUUGGGCUUCCAGGCGGAGCCCUACCACUGGCCACUGCUCAUCUUCCUGCUGCCCACCUGCCUCUACCCCUUGGUGUCCUGCUGCGCCCACACCUUCAGUUCCAUGUCGGCCCGUGCGCGUCACAUCUGCUAUUUCCUGGACUAUGGUGCCCUCAGCCUCUACAGCCUGGGCUGUGCCUUCGCUUACGCAGCCUACUCCAUGCCGGUCGCCUGGCUGCACAGCCGCCUACACCAGCUCUUCGUACCAGCUGCUGUACUCAAUACCUUCCUCUGCACCAGCCUCUCCUGCUACUCCCGGUUCCUAGAGCUGGAGAGCCCCCGGCUCAGCAAGCUCCUGCGUUCAGCGGCCUUCGCCUGCCCCUUCCUGUUUGACAACCUCCCGCUCUUCUAUCGGCUCUGGCUGUGCUGGGGCAGGGCCCCCAGCUGCGGGCAGGAGGCACUGAGCACUAGCCACAGCCACCACCUUCUCUGCGCGGGCCUCACCGGCUUCCUCUUCGCCUCCCAUCUGCCCGAGCGCCUGGCUCCCGGGCGCUUCGACUACAUCGGCCACAGCCACCAGCUCCUCCACAUCAGCGCUGUGCUGGGCACCCACUUCCAGCUGGAGGCAGUGCUGGCCGACAUGGGUGGGCGCCGGGCCUGGCUGGCCGCAAAGGAGCCCCCACUGGGCCCAGGGCCCACACUGGCCACGCUGGGCCUGGCAGUGACCGGGAACCUGCUCAUCAUCGCUGCCUUCACAGCGACCCUGCUCCGGGCACCCAGGGCCUCCUCUCUGCUGCAGGAGGCCCCGCUGGAGGGGGGUGCGAAGGCCAAGCCACAGUAAGGCUGGCGGGAGGCAGAGGCCAGGCCUGGCUCUGGGGUGGAGCCUUCCGCCAGCCUGCUAAGGUAGGGACACCCUGAGCCUGCAGCCAAGGCUGGGG